AUGAAGUCCCACAUCGCCGCCACCCUCGCCCUGACCUUCCUCCUCUCCCAGGCUGGUGCGGACUCGGACGUCGACACUCAGGACGGCCCCGCCGCGUGCCAGGCCAUCUGUCGGCCGACCCUAGAGCUAAGCCGCACCUGCGACGUCGACGAUGACCUCGUGGGCGGCCAGGCAGCCGAGAUGCAGGGCGAGCAGGCGUGCUACUGCCAGAACCAGAGCUUCGACGUUGGGCGCAUGACGGCGUUGUGUCAGAGCUGCGUGCAACAGGACGCGAUCGAGUUUAACGAUGCUAGGGAAGUCAACGACCUCAUGGCCCUGCGCGCCUUCCAGCCCGCCCAGUUCACCGCGGGCGAUGUGACAGCAGCCGACGGCGUCGUGGUCCAGGCUGCUCCUCCAGCGGGACAGGACACCAAUAUAGGCCGGCCGGGAAAGGGGAAGAAUCGAGCACCACCGCCUCCACCCCCUUACGGCCAACCUUCACCGUCGCCCCCGGUGCCCGGUCAAGCUCCACCUCCUCCACCUCCUAUUCCGGGCCAGGCUCCACCACCGCCGCCAGUCCCCGGUAGGAGCCUCCGCCGCCGCCGCCCUUUCGACCCGGCAAGGGGAAUCGGCGCAAGUUCCGCCCCCGUGGUUCCCGCCGAAACUUAUUUGUCCGUGAUGAUAAUGACCACGAUGAUUAUGACGCUGGUAUUGGGUUGUUGA